UUCUUUUGUUUCCUAUGCCCUGAUUGCCUCACCUUGUUCCUGAGUCUGCCAUAAAUGAGGUUGAGCUGCUGCAUUUGGUUGCUGUCUCUGUGAGAACAGGAGGUUCUCUGCUUAUUCCAUGCUUUGUGACCUAUUGCAGGUUGAAGUAUUAAGAAAGAUGAAAGUCAGUGUGACAGUUCUGCUUUGCAGUUUGGUGGUGUGUGCAUUGCUCAUUGGAAGUGCAUCAAGCGCUCCCGCUCCACCGGGGGGCUGUCCGGAGAAUGAAGAAUUUGUUCGAUGCGGCAAGACAUGUCUGACUACGUGCAAACCCUGGAACGUGCCACUAGUGUGCAACCGAAUGUGCUACAUCGGCUGCGACUGUAGGAAAGAAUACCAACGCAACAGCGCCGGCACCUGCGUCCGACCCGAGGAGUGCAACUAAAUCAUUUGUAUGACGAUCGUUCAUGAAUGGGAGGAUGUUUCCUCCAAUGUCACUUGUAGGAAUGACAAUAAAGCUGAAUGAAUAGAUUGUA